AUGCUGGCCUUGACUUGGCUCACCGCGGCAGCCCUGCUGCUCUCUGCGGCGCCAGCUAUUGCAGGGCCAACCCCAGACGUCCGCACAGGUGUAAACCCAGGAUACCGCAGCACCUCCCUAUGCCCAGAACGCUGCGACGCCUCCGGAGCAGAUACCGGAAACUGGUCCGUGUAUCCGAACUUCGAUCAGAUCCGCAAAUGUAAAGAGACGAUGUUUUACGAUUUUGGGCUGUAUGACGACGUGGAUGAUAAGGGCACCACGCACCGGAUCCAGGCCUGUUCGUCGUAUGGGUUGGACUUCAUGGAUAUCCCUGCCUCAUCUGUACGGAUUGCGUCUGCCCAGGAAUUACAGGUAGAGUUACAGUUGGGGUGGUGGAAUGAAGGGUUUGGGUUGAAAAGCGCAAGAGGCGGAAUUGGCUCCCUUGUUAGACAGUUGAGGGAGUAUGCCGAGCGUGGGCAUGGAGCUGCUGAUAGACCCUUCAUUAUGUAUGGACAGUCUGGCCAGGCGACAAUCGGACUGUAUAUCGGCACGGGACUGUUGAAUCAGGGACUCGGGGACUCGGCGCUGAAGCUGUUCGAGGAUAACUUUGAUAACAUUAAUGCCUCACUGCCGAGUGUGGCCAUGCAGCUUUGCGGGCCGGGCUAUGGCAGCACGCAUGUCUUUGGUAUCAUAGCAGCGAGCAAUGGCACGUUUGCUCCGAUCCAGGACGCUAUAAAGACCUGGGCUAGCGGCACUUGCCUGGGCUUCUCGGGGUGCACCAACUUCACCGGCGUUGCCAAGUUCGCUACACCACUUCUUCCGGCGAAUGGCAUCACCACCUCCAUCGGGGCUCCCUACCUGACCCCCCGCGCGGCCGGGGAAUGCUCGACCGUUCAGGUUGACAUGGGAAAUGGCUGUCCAGAACUUGCGGCCAAAUGUGGCAUCUCCCCGGCUGCCUUCAGUAGAUACAACCCCGGCGCGAGCUUCUGCUCUAGGCUGAAGCCGAAGCAGCACGUCUGCUGCUCCGCGGGGGAUCUGCCUGAUUUUAAGCCGAAGCCCAAUGCGGACGGCUCGUGCCGUACAUACCGGGUCCAAGGUGAUGAUAAUUGCGACAAUAUUGGCGCCGAAUACAGCCUUACAAAGGCAGAUAUCGCAGAGUUCAAUAAGCAUACUUGGGGAUUCAGUGGUUGCGAUCCACUUUUUGCAAAGACUAUUAUUUGCCUGAGCGAGGGCACUCCGCCGUUCCCUGCGGAGAUUCCGAACGCAAAGUGUGGCCCCCAGGUACCAGGGACUACUCCGCCGACUGAUGGCUCCGAUAUCGCAGAACUUAACCCGUGUCCGUUGAAUGCCUGCUGCAACAUCUGGGGACAGUGUGGUAUUACCCAAGAUUUCUGCAUUGAUACCAACACCGGCCCGCCGGGAACGGCAAAGGAAGGCACCUAUGGGUGUAUUUCCAAUUGUGGCAUGGAUGUUAUAAGAGGGUCUGGAUCUGGUGGUAUUAAGAUUGCUUAUUAUGAAGGCUACUGCAUGAAAAGGGAUUGCCUGUUCCAGGAUGCCUCGCAGAUUGAUACGUCCAAGUACACGCACAUCCACUUUGGGUUUGGCUCCUUAUCUGACACUUGGGAUGUUAACGUUGGGGAUACGCUAUCAACAUAUAAUUUCGGUCAAUUCAAGCGUCUCACCGGGGUUAAACGCAUUCUGUCGUUUGGUGGGUGGGACUUUUCAACUAGUGCUGCCACAUACCAUAUCUUCCGCAACGGCGUUUUACCGGCCAACAGGAUGAUAAUGGCAACAAAGAUUGCCAAUUUCAUUAAGGAAAACAACCUCGAUGGCGUGGAUAUUGACUGGGAAUAUCCAGGUGCCCCUGACCUUCCCGAAUUCGACCCGGGGACUGAGGCAGAAGGCCCCAACUACCUGGCCUUCCUUGUCCUGCUGAAGAACCUCCUGCCUGGAAGGAGCGUGUCUAUUGCCGCGCCAUCUUCAUACUGGUACUUAAAACAGUUCCCGAUUAGUCGAAUGGCCAAGGUUCUUGACUAUAUUGUGUACAUGACAUAUGAUCUGCACGGGCAAUGGGAUGCGCAUAAUAAGAACUCUCAAGAAGACUGCCCCAGUGGAAACUGCCUGCGCAGCCAAGUCAACCUCACAGAAACCAGACAAUCACUCGCAAUGAUUACUAAAUCAGGCGUGCCUGGAGAGAAGGUUGUUGUUGGUGUCACCAGCUAUGGGCGGUCAUUUAAAAUGGCUGAUCCUAGUUGUUGGGGCGCGGAGUGCCAGUUCACCGGAAGCCGCCUGAAUUCUAACGCAAAGAAGGGCAAAUGCACGGGCACAGCUGGGUAUCUUGCUGAUGCAGAGAUUGCAGAGAUUAUAGAAGAUUCUUCCCGAGUCGUGGGGAGCUUUGUCGAUCCUAGCAGUAAUAGUGACAUCCUGAUAUAUGAUAAUAAUGAAUGGGUAGGGUACAUGAGUGCCUCAACCAAGCGGAUACGAACGUCCCUCUAUGCUGCCUGGGGCUUGGGAGGAACCUCAGACUGGGCCAGCGAUCUGCAGACGUACCACGAGGUCCCCUCACCAUUAUCAUCAUGGACACAAUUCACGGCCGCAAUUAAACUUGGUCAAAACCCCAAGGCAGACACAUCGCGCCAUGGCAACUGGACCGACUUCAACUGCGAGGACGACCAUGUCGUGAGCUUUGCCUACUACACGCCGUCGGAGCGGUGGACGGAACUAGGCACUAAUGCUGCAUGGGCAGAUGUUAUUCGAAUCUGGGAAGACACCGAUGAACCAAAUGGUGUUACCUUCCAUGACUCAGUCGAGAUGACCACCCAUUUCGGUUCGGACAUGGACUGUGGCAACCUGCUCUCAGGAAGCUGCAGCAGGCAGGAGUGCGAGAAGGGGGCAGACAGUGCCACCUCCGGCCCCGCGGCCCAGCUCAUCUGGAACUCGCUGGCGACUAUCCAUGAGAUGUACAGGAACUACCACGACGCCCUGUGGCAGGCGUUUACCCAAGUCAGCGCAGCACUCAAGGACAUUGAGAACAAGUUUGCACCCGUCCCGCCAGAGAAGGACCAGGACUGGCUGUUGCUACUCAUUGACUUGCUCACCCUAGGGGCCCUGGGCACCGCCGCGCCUUACUUCAACAGAUUGCUGAGGAAUAAAGAUUGGUUCAUCAACAAGGGCCGCGGCGUUAUUGAGGACGCAAAGGAUACCUCUAUGACACUCAUGGGACAAAGUACCACCAUCGCCAAGGACAUGUUGCCUGACCCGGGCAAGGCCGGCUGGGACGUCGAGGCGCAGGAUGCCUUUUCAGCCUAUAUGGGCCAGGUCAUCGCUGGGUGGGAUAAUGUUACUUCUAUUGCUCUCGCAGACCUCUUCGACGGCAGCCCGCGGUCAAUCAAGACUCUCACGGACAUCAUCUCCGACGGAAGGUUGAUUCCUGGGAGGACGACCGGUAAGCCCCCCGAUGGUGACGAGGACCAGGUAGACAACGCGGCAAAUGAAUUACACACCAACAUGGUCAAGUGUAUCACCGGAUACACCAUUCCAGCCCUGUGGCGCCAAUCUGGAUCGUACACCUUCAUCAUCGAUGCGGGCCACCGGUGCGAUGAGGCCAAAGAUGACGGCAAGUGGCUCGACGAGAAGACCCGAAAAGCAGCUGGCGUCUGCGUUGGGGGAGACCAGUACUACCUUGCAUCCCCAGAUGGUCAGGCAAGGGAAUGCCGCUGUUAUCCAACGAAUGCAGGCCCCUGCCAGGAAGUAUGCAGCGAUAACCAGUUUUCCGCCCCGCCAGGCCUCGACCAUAUCAGCGGCGAUAGCGACUACUAUGGCAUCACAAAGAACGAUCUGGUGACCGGGUCGGUCCGCACCUGGACCAAGAACAAGAAAGAAAACACUGCGCAGCCCGGUGACGCAGACCCGACGAACGACGAGGUCAUCACAGACCUAACAAGCCUCGACGUGACAGCCCCAGGCUAUAUGCGCAUUCCAGUUUGCAGCGCCGACCGCGCCUUCCAGUCCUGGACCAAACAGAAAAACCCGAAUUCUUCACCGAACUACCCCUGCGAUAUCCAACCGGGCAAGGACGAUUGCGGCAAGUCGACAUUCGUGGACCAGACCAGCGACGCAUCGCCCAAAAUCGGGGACUGCCGCCAAAUCAUGCGGAACAUCCAGGAUGAUGCCAGUACCGACUUCACAACCGAAUUCGUUGGUAAGAACCAGCGCGAGAUUCUUCACUAUGGGUCCUGUCACUUUGGCGUCGAGGCUACCAAGGUGGACGGGAACGUCAACUUUGUUGUUGGAGGACAGGAUGUUAUUGAUAUCAUCAACGACGCAAUUGCACAGGUUGGCCACAAGGAUGGGCUGCUUGGAGCGAAGGGUGAGAUGACCUGCCAUGGCAAUAGCCACGAUCAGGCGGUUCAGUGGGGGAUCUACUAG